GUUCAGCCACCUCAGUCGCUGCGGAGUCACCACAUCUCGCCUUCCUGUCUUCAGUCUCAUUUCCUUUAUUUCCGAUCAUAUUUAUUUGAUAUUGUUACUUAAACUUCAACCGAUUCGUGAUAAGGCGAUAGGACACUGCAACGGCAACGAGAAAAAUUGGGAAUCAAGUUUCGUGAGAGAAGAUGAAGCUGUCGGUGCGCGUGCGUGGGGAGUGGUUUCAGGUGCCUUGUAAAACAGGUCGAGAGACAAUAUCAUGGCUGGGCGAGGAGGCGCUCGCCAAGUUCUUCAAGUUGCAGCCUUCGACGCUCGUGCCGAACAAGCCCGAGACAGUGGCCAGCGUGCGCAGGACGCUGGGCGGCGCCAUUCUGGACCCGGCCGACUACAUCGCCGACGUCCUCGACGACAAUGAUUUCGUCUCCGUAGUCCUGGACAGCGACCGGCCGAAUCCCGUGACUGAGACCGCCGAAGUCAAAUACAUUCCGGAACAGAUCCCAGGGAAAUACGUGCCUCCAGACGAAUACAUGACGCUGGACGGUGCCACGCUUACGCCAGAGGACCUCAUGAGCCUGGGGAAAGGACUCUACAAGAUCCGGCUGAGUCAGGAAGCCGAGGAGCGCGUCACGGCAUCGCGGCAGCUGGUGGAGGCCAUCGUGCGGGAGAAGAAAGUUGUCUACGGAAUUACGACCGGCUUUGGCAAGUUCGCUCGCACGACCAUCGACGAAGAUAAACUUGAGGAGUUGCAGCUGAAUCUGAUUAGGUCCCAUUCUGCUGGCGUGGGGUCACCCUUGACUCCGGAGAGGACCAGGAUGUUGCUGGCUCUAAGAAUCAAUGUCCUAGCCAAGGGCUGCUCCGGCAUCUCCCUGAAGGUGCUCAACCAGUACAUCGCAGCUUUCAAUGCCUCCUGCCUACCGUGGGUGCCCGAGAAGGGGACGGUGGGCGCUUCCGGAGACUUGGCUCCGCUCUCGCACUUGGCCCUCGGGAUGCUCGGGGAGGGCAAGAUGUGGAGCCCCAAGACCGGAUGGGGAAGCGCCAAAUACGUUCUUGAGGCGAAUAACCUUCCUCCGAUCGUGAUGGGGCCCAAGGAGGGAAUCGCCCUCAUCAACGGCACGCAACUGAUCGCUUCCUUGGGCUCCGAGGCCCUGGAGCGAGCGGAGACGGUGGCGCGUCAGGCGGACGUGGUGGCGGCGCUCACUCUGGAAGUCCUCAAGGGCACUUCCCGGGCCUUCGACAGCGAUGUGCACAAGCUGCGGCAUCAUAAAGGUCAGAUUGAGGUGGCCAGACGUAUCAGAGGCCUUCUGCACAGCGACACCCAUCCCUCCGAAAUUGCUCAAUCGCACAGAUUCUGUGACCGCGUGCAGGAUGCGUACACGCUGCGAUGCUGUCCGCAGGUUCACGGCGUAGUGCACGACACUCUGAAGUUCGUGCGAGGCAUUCUCACGGACGAACUGAACUCCGCGACCGACAAUCCGCUCGUGCUGUCGGAGCGAGAGGAGAUCAUCAGCGCCGGCAACUUCCACGGCGAAUACCCGGCCAAAGCCUGCGACUACCUGGCCAUCGGCAUCCACGAGAUCGCGUCCAUGUCCGAGCGCAGGAUUGAGCGCCUCGUCAACCCUGCCUUGAGUGAGCUUCCGGCCUUCCUGGUAAGAGAAGGAGGACUCAAUUCUGGCUUCAUGCUGGCCCACUGCACGGCUGCUUCCUUAGAAAACAACUGGGAUGAUAAAGGAAUGAAUGUUGAUGACGAAUACCUCAGCAUCUUAAGUUUGCUGAUGAUAUAA